UGUUUAUAUCUUCUCGCUAUCGUUAUCGUCUCCUUCCUUUGUCCGUCGAACAUCCUCUUUUAGGGUUUACACUCUGCUUUCGGCGCCGCUCAUACAUAGCAGCUCCCUUUCACUUCUUCGCAACAUUUCUUCGUCAAGGUGUGUUUGUAUAUAUGUUUAAUGAUACUGGUCUGGAAUGUCCAACAAUCUGGUUUCAGAGCCGAUACCAAGUAUGCAGAUGGCUCAAUUGGAGCCCCUUAUGAACAAGGUUGAUUCGUCAGGGAGACAGAUUGAAAUGGGGCUCUUGGGUCCCGUAUCCAGUGAUAUCGUGGCACAGUCGCAGGGAACCUCGAAUGAACAUGUUGGAUUAUUGAGAGCUGUGCCUGGUGAACCUAUGUCUCAGGGAUUGCCCCUUUUGAGCAUGCACAGUGAGCGGGUAGAAGUACAAGCAAGUAAUCCAGGAAUGCAUCAAAUUCUUUCCGCUAACAAACAGUCCAUGCAAAUGGGUAUGCUUCUGAAAAGCUCAGGGCCACAGCAGCAGACAACAACUCCCAAGCGCAAGGCACCAAUGGAAUUAUCGUCCAGUAUCUCCUUUAACAAGCGGGUUGCAGCAAUGGGAAAUAGACCUUGGUUGCAGCAAGUACCUAAUGCAUCAAAUAAAGGUUCUCUGCAGAUGCAAUCCCCAUCAAAUGCCUCUAGGACACAACAUUUGGCAGCUUCUAGCAAGAGAAAAACACAGUUGGAUAACACUCCCAGUAAAUCUGGGACACCUCGGGCCAUGAGUUCUAAAAGUCAAAAUACGCAGAUGAAGCAGUCCUCCAAGGUUCAAACUGAAUCAUCUGAUAGUGUUAGGUCCAAGAUGAGAGAGUCUUUAGCUGCUGCUCUGGCCUUGGUUUCUCAGCAAGGUAAACCUCAGCCCCCAAACAAUAAUACACCGAAUGAUGCUGCCAAUACUCGGGUUAAAUUAGAGAACAGCUCUCAAUGUGCUGGAUCAGCACCUGCAUCCAUCGAUGCUUCACUGGAGCAAAGGCAGGAUAUUUCUCAAUCAGUUAAUUCCUCUUUUGCUGUGGCUGAUUCAGUUGGCCAUGCGGCAGGAGAGCACAUGCAAAGUACAACAUAUGAAGAUUUUCCAGAAAAAUACAAGGACUUCGAAGCAGGAUCCACAAACGCAUCGGACAAUGAAAACAUACUGAGUUCUAUGCAUGUCUUGAACUGUGAUAAGCAAGAUUUCCAGUCAAGUUAUACUUUGACUACUGAUGAUGUUCCUUUCAGUGACGGUUUCUUUAUGAAAGAUGAUCUUCUGCAGGGAAAUGGUCUUUCGUGGGUAUUAUCUGAUAUGGUGGAUGUCGGAAAUCAAAGGGAAAGUCAACCUAAUAUAGAGCAGAGAUCAGAACCUGAGGAAACGGGUGGAGGUUGUAGGGAGGAGGUCCCUUUGCCUGAACUUUUGGCAUCAAGAAUAGAGGCAGAACUCUUCAAGCUGUUUCAAGGUGUGAAUAAGAAGUACAAAGAAAAAGGGAGGUCUCUCUUAUUCAAUUUAAAAGAUCGCAAUAAUCCUGAACUUAGAGAAAGGGUCAUGUUUGGUAAAAUUCCUCCAGAACAAUUAUGUUCUAUGACAGCUGAAGAACUUGCUUCAAAGGAGCUCUCUCAAUGGCGGAUAGCCAAGGCUGAGGAGCUUGCUCAAAUGGUGGUUUUACCUGAUUCAGAUGGUGAUUUUAGACGUUUGGUCAAGAAGACACAUAAAGGUGAAUUUCAAGUGGAAGUUGAACACGAAGACAAUGUCCCUGUGGAGGAGGUUUCAGGUGGUACAACCUCUGUUGCUCGAAGCCAAACUAUAAAAAAGGAUGUGGAAGAUGCUUCUCCUUCCAAACCUGAUGUGAAAACUGAUGCCGAGAAAGGCAAUUUGCAGAAGGAUGAUACAUUUUCCAUCACCAUUUCUUCCAACGACGGGGCUGAUCCCAUGCAAGGGCUUAUUACUGAUGAUGCAUUAAAGGACUCUGACUUUCUUGAACCAAUUGUUUCUCUUGAUGAUUUCAUGUAUUCUCUUACAUAUGCGCCUCCAUUUGAAAAUUUACCAGUAGAAUCUGGGAAAGUGGUACCUACCUCAGACAAGGAUGAUUCCGGGGUUGGAACAAAAUCAAAACCUGCUGAUUUAACACCAAAUGAGCAAGCGGAUAUCACUGGUGAUAAUAAGUCUGAGAAGUUUCAAAGCACACAUGUAAAUUCAGAUUCUUUAAAGGAGAAAAAGGUUAAUGCUGAAUCUGGGGCCAUUUCUUCUGAUGUGGGAUACAGUGGGAGUCAAGCUGACAUGAAGUCAACUGAUGGUCGUACCAAGGAAAGGUCAACUGAUGAUGUGAAGUCUGCUUCCAGCGAUGCUGAGUUGAGAGGCAAUCUCUUUCGUGCGGAAGAGAGAUAUGAUAAUGACAAUAGGUACUCGAAGGAUGCAAUCCCCACUAAGGGUGAAUGCCUCUGGGAGGGAAUGCUUCAACCAAAUAUCUCUAGCACUCAUUCAGUCAUAAGCAUCUUUAAGAGUGGUGAGAAAACUGCUGCUAAAGACUGGCCUGGGUUUCUCGAGAUCAAGGGAAGGGUUCGACUUGAUGCAUUUGAGAAAUUUCUGCAAGACCUUCGACAGUCCAGAAGUCGUGCAAUCAUGGUUUCGCAUUUCGUUUCCAAAGAGUCGGAUGAUCAAUCAACUCUACGUGAGGUGGCUGACUCGUACAUUUUGGACGAGAGAGUAGGAUUUGCUGAGCCUGUCCCUGGAGUUGAACUUUACUUUUGCCCACCUCAUAAGAAAACAGUUGAAAUGCUCAGCAACAUACUUCCAAAGGAACAAAUUGAGCCAGUUAAUUCUAUUGAUAAUGGCCUAAUUGGUAUUAUUGUAUGGAGAAAAACUAAUUUAACUUCGUCUAUAUCACCCACCACUGCAUCACAUCACAAACAUAGCUCUAAAAGACAAUACUUCAGUAGGAGACAGCAAGAUAUAAAUGUGAAUGCCAAUUCUACCCAUAAAGCAGUGCCCUCUAUGGGCGUUAAGACAACUGAGAAUGAUGAUGAUGAUGUGCCUCCCGGAUUUGGGCCACCAGCGGCCCGAGUGGAGGAUGACCUGCCAGAGUUUAAUUUUUCCGGCAGUUCAAAUCCGUCACAUUUGGGCCAAAAAUCAAUGGGACCACCAAAUAUGGUCCCAUUACACUCGGCUAACCCAGCCCCACCACGCCCUGCAGAACAAAUGAGGGAACUUGUGCACAAAUAUGGGCAAAACAAACCAAAUGUACCUUCGGUAAACUGGCAGGAUAAAUUUGGGGGAACAAUUCAACCCUGGAAUGAUGAUGAUGAUGACAUACCUGAAUGGCAGCCCCAAAACUCCCAGAAUCAGUUUCCUCCCCAACAGACAAUGCACAACUUUCAUCUUAGGCCUCACAUUUUGAAUCAAUCAUUUCCGGGUUCACAGCAACAGCCAAUAAUGACACCACAAUAUCUUCAACCCCCAAUGAAUGUGACCCAUGGUCAAAGAAAUUUUGACCCUCAGUGGGUUCCUUCUCCCCAGGGUAGCAACCUACAGCCAGGAGGUGGACCACCCUAUGCGCAAGGCACUACCUGGCCUCAAGAUGCGUCUAGAAGUAGAGGAUAUUAGUUUCCUCUUUUUAUUUUUAUUUUCAUGUCUUUCAUAUACUGUAGUAUGUAAGCUUAUUGUAAGGUGUCGAGCUAUUUUUUUUUUCUGUAGCAUCAAUACCUCGUAGAACAAACAAAUGACCAUUUUUCUCUUGUUUUAGUUUGACAGCAGUAGGUGCUCAGUUGAAUAAAUACGAGGACAACAAUUUUGCAUGCUUUAGUUUUUAGUUAGUUUUAAAUUUC